AUGACCUCCGUCUACUCCUCUAAUCAACCACCACUCGACCACAUCGCCGCUAUCAACGGGAGCGCAACUAAGCCUGCGAUCCCCAGCAAGCCCUCCUACGGUGUCGAUUCCCCCCUUGGACUCAUAUCCUCACUCCCGUUUUCCCCGCUCUACCUUUACGCCACUCUCAAGGGCAAGCACGAUCUCUGGGACUCCCUCCUCUCCUCCCUCCCCGACGACGCCUUCACGCACCCGACUCUCGACGCCGGCUGCGGCCGAGGCAUGGUCCUGCUCAAGGUCGCCCAGCGCAAGGCGGCCCUACCCUCCACUACCACCACCACCACCACCACCACCACCACCACCACCACGCCCUCCUCUCCCGCCUACGGCAUCGACAUCUUCAGCACCGCCGACCAAUCCGGCAACGCGCCGUCCGCAACCUGGGCCAACGCCGCCGCCGCCGGUCUUCUCGGGACGACGACGACGACGACCUCUCUGGCUGCCCCUCUCCCCUCCCCCAGUGACGACGACGACAGCAGGACCAGCAGCAACAGCAGCAGUGGCCCGAUCGUCCUGCACACGGCGAGCUUCACGGCGCCGCUGCCGUUCCGCGACGGCGUCUUCGGCGUCGUGACGAGCUCGCUGGCCGUGCACAACGUCGGCCGAGCGGGCCGCCGGCACGCGCUGCGCGAGAUGGCGCGCUGCUGCCGGCCCGGCGGCUACGUGCUGGUCGUCGACCUGGCGGGCUACGUGGGCGGGUACGCAGAGUGCCUGCGGGGGGGGCUGGGGUGGACGGACGUCGAGAGCGCGUGGGGGGGCGUCGGCGUCAUGUUUGGCGUGUGGCCGUGUGUCGUGCUUAGGGCGAGGAAGCCGGAGUGA